UCAAAGACCUGUCAAUCAAAGAGAAACUGGAAAUGUGUAGCCCGUUUUCGCAUAGUCCACUUUAGCUUUCGUGUUUAGUGACGGGAAAGUUGAAAAUAUAUUUUUAAAACGGCGUAUGAUCUCUUAAACGGUAGUUAUUAAAGUCAGUAACGUGUUGACUACGCUUAUUUCAGCGGGGGACAUUUUCUCAGAAACCUUGAGCGACACAUAGAGGGGUCAACAUGGCCCAGUGGAAUCAGUUACAGCAGUUGGAGACGCGGUAUCUGGAGCAGCUGUAUCACCUGUACAGUGACAGCUUCCCCAUGGAGCUGCGGCAGUUCCUGGCCCCCUGGAUCGAGAGCCAGGACUGGGCGUAUGCAGCCAACAAGGAGUCUCACGCAACGCUUGUGUUCCAUAACCUGCUGGGUGAGAUUGAUCAGCAGUACAGCCGCUUCCUGCAGGAGAACAACGUCCUGUACCAGCACAACCUGCGGCGCAUCAAACAGCACCUGCAGAGCAAGUAUUUGGAGAAGCCCAUGGAGAUCGCCCGCAUCGUGGCCCGCUGCCUGUGGGAAGAGCAGCGUCUGCUGCAGACGGCCACCACUGUGCAGCAGGAUGGCCAGGUUGCCCAUCCCACAGGAACUGUGGUGACAGAAAAACAGCAGAUACUGGAACACAACCUGCAGGACAUCAGGAAGAGAGUACAGGAUAUGGAGCAGAAGAUGAAGAUGUUGGAAAAUCUGCAAGAUGAUUUUGACUUCAACUACAAAACUCUAAAGAGUGCUGGAGAGUUGUCUCAGGACCUGAAUGGAAACAGCCAGGCAGCAGCUACCAGGCAGAAGAUGUCUCAGCUGGAGCAGAUGCUGAGCGCUCUGGAUCAGCUGAGGAGGCAAAUAGUGACUGAAAUGGCAGGGCUGCUGUCUGCCAUGGACUUUGUGCAAAAAAAUCUGACCGAUGAAGAACUGGCCGACUGGAAGAGGAGACAGCAGAUCGCUUGCAUCGGAGGACCACCGAACAUCUGCCUGGACCGCUUAGAGACAUGGAUCACCUCUUUGGCUGAGUCACAGUUGCAGAUAAGACAGCAGAUCAAGAAACUGGAGGAGCUUCAACAGAAGGUCUCGUACAAAGGAGAUCCAAUUAUUCAGCACCGCCCUGCUCUGGAAGAGAAGAUCGUAGACCUGUUCCGCAACCUUAUGAAGAGUGCAUUUGUUGUUGAGAGACAGCCUUGUAUGCCCAUGCACCCUGACCGACCCCUUGUCAUCAAAACAGGAGUUCAGUUCACCACCAAAGUCAGGUUACUUGUGAAAUUCCCAGAGUUGAAUUACCAGCUGAAAAUCAAAGUGUGCAUUGACAAGGAGUCAGGUGACGUGGCAGCCAUUCGAGGUUCACGCAAGUUCAACAUCCUUGGCACCAACACGAAGGUGAUGAACAUGGAGGAAUCCAACAAUGGCAGCCUGUCAGCAGAGUUCAAACAUCUGACUCUACGAGAGCAGAGAUGCGGCAACGGAGGUCGAACCAACAGUGACGCAUCUCUGAUAGUGACUGAAGAACUUCACCUGAUCACAUUCGAGACAGAGGUCUACCACCAAGGACUAAAGAUCGACCUUGAGACGCACUCUCUCCCAGUGGUGGUCAUCUCUAAUAUCUGUCAAAUGCCAAAUGCAUGGGCGUCCAUCCUGUGGUACAACAUGCUGACCAACCAUCCCAAGAAUGUGAAUUUCUUCACCAAACCUCCAGUGGGAACGUGGGAUCAGGUGGCAGAGGUGCUCAGCUGGCAGUUUUCAUCCACAACCAAAAGAGGACUUACCAUUGAGCAGCUCACCACACUUGCAGAGAAACUUUUGGGUCCGUGUGUAAACUACUCCGGUUGCCAAAUCACAUGGGCCAAGUUCUGCAAAGAGAACAUGGCAGGAAAAGGUUUCUCAUUCUGGGUGUGGCUAGACAACAUUAUUGACCUAGUGAAGAAAUAUAUUUUGGCUCUAUGGAAUGAAGGGUAUAUUAUGGGCUUCAUCAGUAAAGAGAGAGAGAGGGCAAUCCUGAGUCCAAAGCCUCCUGGGACAUUCCUGCUACGCUUCAGUGAAAGCAGCAAAGAGGGAGGAAUUACCUUCACCUGGGUUGAGAAGGACAUCAAUGGUAAGACCCAGAUCCAGUCAGUUGAACCGUACACUAAGCAGCAGCUCAACAGCAUGUCUUUCGCUGAGAUCAUCAUGGGCUACAAGAUCAUGGAUGCCACCAACAUCCUCGUCUCGCCGCUGGUCUACCUCUACCCCGAAAUCCCCAAAGAGGAGGCGUUUGGCAAGUACUGCCGCCCCGAGGCCCAGCCUGAUACUGAAUUCCCUGACCCUGGAUGUGUAAUUCAGCCCUACCUGAAGACCAAGUUCAUCUGUGUCACCCCGUGUCCUUCUGUCUUCAUGGACUUCCCGGACAGUGAGCUGUUUGGGAACGGCUUCCCUGGGACUAACUCUGGCAACACAAGUGAUUUGUUCCCGAUGUCCCCUCGUACACUCGAUUCUCUCAUGCACAAUGAAGCCACGGAGGCCAAUCCGGGACCUCUCGAAUCCCUCACUCUGGACAUGGAGUUGAGCUCCGAUCAUCCCUCACCCAUGAGAGAAGGGUUUGCAGCCUCAGCAAUCUCAGAUAUGGACACCUGCCGAAAUGCUUAGGUUUCCAACGUUUAGUUUUUUUAUGUUAUUUACAUAGGGAAAAUUAAUUGUCAUGUAUAUAAUGUGCUUAGGUGCUAGAGCCCUUUUCUCUCUCCGAGCCAAUUCUUUUCUUUUCAGUUUUUACAGGCAUAGCCACAAGCGUGCAAACGCGCUAGAAAGUUAACUUUUCAUCCUCAUAUCAACGUUGAUAAUACUGAAUUGAACUCAUUCUUUUUUAAAUGGUUAAGAUGUACGUUUUAUUUGUCUUUUAUUACAUGAGGCAUUGAAGACCAAUAACAGGAGUUUUUAGCUUUUUUUUUGGCCUUUGUCAAAGAAGGUUAAUAUAAAGAUUAUAUAAAAAAAAUGUAAUCUGUUUAAUUGCAGACAUUUGGCCAUGACUUUCACUUGUAUUGCAGUGUCCACUGGUGUUAGUAUACAUGAAACGUAUUUUGAUCUGUUAGCAUAGCAUAUGGCCAGUGAAUUCUUCAUUCUUUAUGUUGAUCUUUUGAAAUGAGUGUGAAGGGGAGUUAACUUUACAGUAGUAUUGACAAGCAGUACUUUAAAGCUGCCAAAACCCGGCAUGAUCUUGUACCGUGUUGAACAUAAACUUCAAAUCUGGAUUGGUACAGAAUUAUCAUUUAUGGUCAGAUGAUAAGUUUGUGCAUGCAGGUCUAUAAUGUCCAUUUUAGCUUCUGGUUUAUAUAAAUAUACUGUAUUUUAAUGUUUUACUGAAAAAUAUUUGACUCUUUUAUUGGAUUUCUUCGGGAAGUGAAUGGAAGAAUAUAUAUAUAUACACACAUUACACAGAUGAGCAAAUGUGAUAUUUCCACCAUAUUACAGUGUCCUAGAUGUGAUGUUUAUUGCGCUAACUUAGCAAGCAAAUCUUGCACUAUAAUUGUAACAAUUAGAUGGUGAAUCUUAUAUAUAGAGAGACACAUUCAUACAUGCACAUAUAUAUACAGAUAUUUAUAAUUUUGUUCAAUUCACUGAUCUGUUGUGUCGUCAUGUAAGGUAGCGCUUCAAACGGAAAUAUGAUGGAAAAUGAUGUUUCUUCAUUGUGUAACUACAUUUUAAACGUCUGUCAGUCUGAGUUUGUUUCCCAGUCUGUGUAUCUAUCCUUCCUUCUACUCUCAAUUUAUAGUGUGUAUAUUAUAUAUAUAUAUAUAUAUACACUGCACUAUGUAAAUUCUCUUUAUUGUACAAUGAAUUCUUGAUGAGAAACAGUCA